GAGUCGACGUACGGGACACACAUCCACGAGAAGCGGGAGGAGAGGGAGGCUCGCUUCUGCAACACGGUGCACGACAUCGUGAACAGGGAGGGCCGCUGUCUGAUCCCCGUGUUCGCUUUGGGGCGAGCCCAGGAGCUGCUGCUCAUCCUGGAUGAGUACUGGCAGAACCACCCGGAGCUCCACGACAUUCCCAUCUACUACGCCUCGUCUCUGGCCAGGAAGUGCAUGGCCGUCUACCAGACCUACAUCAACGCCAUGAACGACAAGAUCCGCAAAGCCAUCAACGUCAACAACCCCUUCGUCUUCAAGCACAUCAGCAACCUGAAGAGCAUGGACCACUUCGACGACAUCGGCCCCAGCGUGGUGAUGGCGUCUCCUGGCAUGAUGCAGAGCGGCCUGUCCAGAGAGCUGUUUGAGAGCUGGUGCACGGACAGAAGGAACGGGGUCAUCAUCGCUGGAUACUGUGUGGAGGGAACGCUGGCAAAGGUGGGUUAGCCCGUCACAGUCAGA